GGCAUUAGUCUUUAUCAGCCGGUACACGUCGCACUGCAAUCGUUGAAGAUAAAGGAUUUGCAAACUGUUGUUUAUACCGGCGGUGAGGAGAGGAGCGCGGGGCGUUCAGUGCGCGCGCGAUGCGUCAAACGAUGCACGUGGCCAACUCAACGCAUUAGUCUUCAAUCAGACGCGAAGCAAACAUGAGUGACUGGUCUCUUGGUGGUGGGAGCUACCCCAGCUGCUCAUUCCACCCCUACCCGUACUACCCGAACCCAGAACUGCAGCAGGCCUCGACCUUUCUGCCGCCGCCGCCUCCGCCGCCGCCGCCGCAAGCGCAGCCUACUCUACCGCCGAUGUUGCCGGUUAUCCCGAGACCACCCCGGGCCCAAGCUCCGAAAGGGCCAAGCUCCCGGGAAACCCGAAACAAAGCGGAAAAGCAAAGGCGAGACAAAAUGACCCAAUCGAUCUACCGACUCGCUUCCAUGGUCCCGCCAGUGGCUGCGUCCGCCAAAAAAGUGGACAAGACCAGCGUGCUACGUCUAACUGCGCAUUUUCUGCGCUCUCAUCAUCACGUAUUCGGGAAAAGUUUGUAUCGAGGGCAGAAGUUUACCGUGCAUUUCACUCGCUCAUUUCUCAAAAGUAUGAAGGGGUUCCUUUUAACGAGCACCUACAAGGGGCUCGUGGUGGUGGUUUCACCGAACGUCCAAGAAUUCCUGGGCUAUACUGAGUGCGAGCUACUCGGACAGAGCCUGUUUAGUAUCGUCCAUCCAGAAGAUCGCCAGCUGUUGAGGCAGCAGUUGUUCCCCAAAUGUUGCAGACUGACCUCCAACGGAGAGCUCUUUUUAUCUAAGGAGAUUGAUUCAGAUAAGACUGCUGCUGAGGCCUUGAAGAAUGAGAAACGGGCAUUUCUAUUAAGGAUCCGAAAACAGACACAUUUGCGCUCCGAGCCUGUCCAAUACCUUACCUGUCACGUGGAUGGGAUGUUCCGUAAGUCCGACCGUGCAGGAGUAUACGUCGACACCGUUGUACAAAUCGGACGCCGGGUCAGGUCCAGAGGAAACAACCCGUACGCCAGUGGAAAUGACAUAGUGUUCAUUGGUAUGAUUCGCCCAAUAUCAGAAACCUUCGCCACUGAAAGUAGAAUGGAGUACUACACAAUGGAGUAUCGCACCCGCCACUCCAUCGACGGCGGUAUAAUCCAGUGUGAGCACCGCAUAGCCCUCGUCACUGGUUACAUGGUAGAUGAAGUGAGGGGCGUGAAUGCAAUGAACUUCAUGCAUCGCGACGAUGUGCGCUGGGUUAUCGUGGCUUUACGGGAAAUGUACGUCAACCACCGUUUAAUGGGUGAAUCUUGCUACCGUCUUAUGACGAAGAAUGGUCAGUUUAUAUACAUGAGCACCAGGGGAGCUCUCGAAGUGGACCCUACAUCGAAAGCUACCACUAGCUUCGUUUGCACUAACACUUUGGUACCGGAGAAAGACGGCAUCGAACUUAUAAGGAUAAUGAAGAACAAGUUCUCCUUGAAGAUCAAUAACGAAGAAUUGAAGGACGAAUGCAAUUACAUAAACCCUGAGGGAAAUGAUAAUCAGCAUUUGCCCGUGGAGGACCCUCGUCAACUCGAGCAAGUGAUUUAUCACCUAGUAACUGAUCUACCUUCACCGCAGCUUGACGAAAAUAAUCUGAAGAAUCGUGAUGAUACGAGGACAGAGUUAGCUAUUAUACCACCGGAAAAAGACCAGAUAAAAAAAGCCAUACAAAAAAGCUAUACCGUCAUUAAACAUCUUCGAAAUUUAACCGAUAAUAUGUCUUCUGACGCAGAGCCCCCCAAUUCAGAACAUAAAUCACGCUUCGAAAAUCAACAAUAUGGGCCGAAUCAACAAAAUAGCUUUAUAUUGCCUCAAAAUGAUUCAGUCAUUCGUCAAAACCGGUCAACAGUUAUUCAACAAUCGUUGCCGAUUAUAGAAAUUGACGACGACUGGGACAUCGCCGGACCAUCAACGUCCCAGGCUAAUACAGUAAUUCAAGGACCAAAUGUAAACCAACCUUCAUGGAACUAUGACAAUGUCUGUACCAGCACAUCACAGGAGUACACAGUAACUACCACAACAGGGGAAUUACCAAUAUUGACCAUCAAUCCAGAGGAUGAGAUUUUUGAACCUGAGGGCAAUGCUUCCGUCCCAUCUCAUCCGAAUACCAACAUUCAAUUCGGCUCGUGCAGUUCAACUACCCAGCAAUGCCAAUACCAGCCAAAUUGUACACCGGCGCCGGUAACCGAACCGACUGAAGACAAUUUCUUUAAUUUCGACUUAAUGCCAACGUUUGAUCAUAUUGUAAAAUCCACAACCAUCAACUUUGACCAAAUCCCGGAUAUUGACCUACUGGAGAACUUUCCAGAAGGUAACGAAAUUCAAGAAGAGUACGAAGCUGAGGUUGAACCCUUAGACCAACUUGGGGUCGAGCAACUAAUUGAGACUAGGCCCGUGGGCCUAAUGGGGGCUGGGCCUCCGGUCCUACUUGAAGCUGGGCCUCAAGUAGGGGCUGGACCCCUGACUCUACAUAAUGCUGGGCCCCAGGCUCUACAUGAUGCUGGGCCUCUAACAGAUUUUUUACCUAGAACUCAAGGCAUAGUUGAUGCAGGACGCCAAGCUCAACUGGAGGCUGUCGCUCAACUGGAGGCUGGGGCUCAACUGGAUGCUGGGGCUCAAGAUGAGACCCUGGCAGAACUUCAAGCUCAACUUGAACGCAUUGAUCGCCAACCCCAACCUGAGGCCAUACCGCAAAACCAAGCAGAGGAUGGACUCCAAGACGAAGCAGCCGCUGUAAUGGAACCGACGGCUGAAGAGAUCGAAAUGAGUGAAAUACAAAGACUCCAAGUUGCCGCCAUUAUAGAAGAAUUGAGUGAUCCAUUCAGGUUUUCAGAGGCGGACGAAGAGCCCAUCUAGAAAUACGUUCCUCUUCGAAGGAAGAGGAAUUCACGCGGCCAACUAGUUGGACAGUAAUUGUGAUUCUGUCUUCUAAAGUGCCAAUAUUGACACUGGUGCCGAUUUCUGAUGUACAUAAAAAACUAAACGGCAGGUCAAAAAGUAGUGUAGACCAUUCCAAAAUGAUGCCCGUGCUAAAGGACAGCCUAUUUAUUUAGACCUGUCCAAUUAGUUUAGGAUUUUGUUUCCAACAGAAUUGGCACUAGUGUCUUUAAUAAAAAAUAAAUGGCGCCGAUUAUGACAAAAUUAACUAAGAACUUUUUCUGACAUGUUAUGAAAACAACUCUAAAAAAAAGUAGCAGGUUUUUUUGUGUAAUUUUUAAACCUAUGAGGUCGCGGCUGGGAACAACUGUCUUCUAUGAGAAGAGAGCUUUAGACCAGCAUUAGGAUUAAAGGCUUAUGAGUAUUUAGUAUAAGUAAUUUAAGCAUUCUUGAAAUUGCAGUGGUAAAGGAUGUUUUUGAUUACGAGCCAUCGGUGAGUACAAUUUUUUAACAAUUACUUCGGGAAAUAUUUUACACUGAGUACACUAUUUUGUGUGUUAUCUCUUAUUACUAAUAUAUUCAUUACUUUUCUUGGGAAUAUUUGAAAUCUCCCGGAAGUCUACAUUCACCGGUUUAUUUGAACGACAUUCUACGACGCCCAUAUAUCCGAAAUUAUAUUUUUAUGUAUUUAAAAAGAUCAUCCUUUGAAAAUUUUCCAUCAAAGAAACAUCCUUUAAAAUUUUUUUUUUAUAUCACGUGAACACUGACGUAAAAAGAAAUGGACGUCGAGCUUCCUACAAAGUUUACGAAAAAAGUGUCCCGAGUUAGCCUAUACACACAUAGAAAUUUAAAUAAUUUAAUACAUUUCAAUUUUAAUCAUAUAUAUAAUAUCUUGAAUUUUUAUGAACACUUCACCAAAUAAAUUUUACAUAAAUCUAUUAUGAGUUGGCUUUUGAAACUUCUUAAGCUUCUUCUAAAGCUUAAAACAA